GUCCCUCCGCUCUCCCCCCGUCCCUCCGCUCCCCUUUCCUGUCGGCCAUGGACUUGUCGAGGGAAUUCUUCGGUAAGCUGCGUGGCCUGGCCCUCACGCUGGAGAAGGAGGCGAGGCAGCUCGAGCGGGCCCUGCGCAGAGAGGACGUGGACUAUGAAGAUGAACCUCCAAUAAGAGUCCUACAGGACCUCCACUGUGAAAUCAGGACUCUGAAGGAAGAUGUUAAUGCCAGCCUUGGUAAGAGUUACUCUGAAAAGGAAGCAAUUAAUGACUUUAUGAAGGCAAUUGAAAUACUGAUGCAAAGAAAUGCAGCAGAUCUUGGAAAAAUAAGAGAGCUGUUCCAGAAAUAUGGCUACAAACCACAUUUCAAAGACUCUACAGAAGAAGACAAAGAAGUUAACAGCAGUGAUUCGGAGGUGUCUGCCCAGAACAAAUCUGAGGAAGAAAAACCAGAUCAUGUACCUCAUCCUCCUGCUAGUACUGAGAAGCCACUGGUUCCCAAGGACCCACUGCGUAACCCCCAGCUUUCUGAUUUUGGUCUUUCACAAUAUGCUUUCUCCAGGCCUUGGAGUGCAGUGAAAGGACAACAAGCAACAAAGGAACAUCAAAAAAACAUAAGUAACAGGACUCCUCUAAAACCACAAACCCCCCAUACUUUGCCUAAAACACCAAAAUGUAUGCUAAAGAUGGACGAUUAUGAGUGUGCAACACCAAAACUUGAACACUUUGGCAUUAGUGAACAUACCAUGUGUAUGAAUGAAGAUUAUACGAUGUCACUUCUUAGUAAAUCUGCUCAGACAAACAAGAAGCUUGUUAAAGAUGACUGUGAAGUGAAUGUACAAGAAGUGACAUCCAGGGAAAGCACAGUUACUCCUGGGCCAAAACCAAAAAUGACACCUGCAAAUGCAGCUGACUGGAUGGCUUCUCCUAUGGUACUUGUGUUCUGUACUCCUGAAGUGAAGAUCUGUUCAAGAGCAAAUAGUCAAGUAUUAUCAAGGUCACCAGAGCCAAAUGAACUGCCUCUUCCCAGUCAUACAAGAACACCACAGGUUCCAGAUUUUGAAACAAGAUGGCUAAAAUCAGAAGCUAAGCAGGUGAAGCAGGGGGAAAAGAACAAGUCAGUGACAAAGAAUGAUGCAACAGGCAACAAACAAAACAUAGAAGGCAACAUUCCUCUUGCUCUGAGUUCUGAUGAGUAUCUUAAACAUUUUGGAGACCCUUCUCCUCCCAAAAUAAAUCACUAUGACCAGUUACUCAGUACUCCUCCACCUCCUGAAAUAACAAGGAUACCAGAUGAUGUUCUACAGAUUCUGUCAAGGUAUAAUAGAGUAGACACUUCUAAAGCCAAGGAAAUUGAAGCCAAGGCAGGGAAUACUACAAGAUAUGAAAGUGAUUUCAGUAGUUACUGCAACAAAGAGAACAGAGUAUAUUCUGGAUUUUUCAAACCAAAUAUCUGA